AUGGAGCAACUCGAGGACGAACCGCUACGAAGCUACCUGAACAGAUUCAAGAGCGCGCUGCUCGACCUCAGGGACAUUCCGGGAGCACCCCCAAUCGCGGAACCGGUACUCGUCCAAGCCCUCGGAAACGGACUUCGACACGAAUCCGGAUUCUGGGAAGAUAUCCGCAUCCGCCCCUCCCCAACUUUGAAGGACGCCUUCCUCCGCGCUGAGAAUUACAUCCGCCUCGAGCAAGACAUCCCGCAGCUACGGUUCGACCCCGAAGAUCCUCGGUUCCGGCUAAGAAACAAGAGAAAGUCAUCAUCCUCUCGCCCGGAGAAGUCCACGCAUAAAGCACCAAGGUGCCAUCACGAAUCUCUCCCUCGCCGAGACGAGCCCCUGUCUACGAUGAGGCGAGACCAGGAGAAACAUGGAGAAUCGCGCGAAGACUGA